AACCAUAUCAUCAUACAUUAACAUUAAUACAUAUGUAUUAGUGCCGAUGUUAAUCCAACAAUUUUUUGAAAGAACAAAAGAGGGAGACUUUUCUCCGUUUUAGAUUCUUCCGAACGGCCUUUUCCAGAGCGGCUCGAUGUCUAACCCUUCGCAAGAAGCUCGUGCUCUAACAGUAACAUUCGGUUUACCUUGGCCCGAUCUUAACGACGGCUUGUUUUACAAGGAUGUCGUUCGAGCCUCUGAUUCAGAGUUGACAGUGAUCCAGUUCUACUCUAAAAAAUACAAGAAUUCUGCUCCACUUCAAGGCUGGUUGCAGCGAAUUCAGAAUGGACAGAUAACAAUUGAUGGUGGAGUUGUUAGAGAUCCCAGCACAACCCUCAGUGAGCAAUUUAUUAGAUGGACAAAAAGACAGAGAAAUCGGACAGAGGAUUUGUGUCUAGUUGAAAUUGGUUCAGAACUGGUCUAUCAUAGACUUCCAUGGAAGGAGCCUGAUGCCCCACAUUGGCUUGAGAUCAUUUAUGAAGAUGAUGAUAUGAUAGCUCUAAAUAAGCCAUCUGGGCUGCAAGUAUUACCAGGAGGUCUUUUUCAGCAACGCACAGUUCUAACACAGCUCCUUUGGCGGGCCACUAAGCUGAGCCCUUCUCUAAUGUGCCAUGAACCGCAUCCUACUCCUGUCCAUCGACUUGGAAGGGGCACAUCAGGAUUAUUACUAUGUGCAAAGACAAAGCUUGCCAAGACUCAGCUUGCAGCAUAUUUUGCUGAUGGAACCUCCCAUAUUGGUGGCAGCAGUAUUGAAUACAGUAAAACAAGUUCGGAGCUCGGUACAGUGAGGAAAAUCUUAAAGAUAUAUCGGGCCCUGGUAACUGGGAUAGUUUGUGAGAACAAGGUGAAUGUCAAUCAGCCAAUUGGAAUUGUGCAGUAUCCUGGUGUGGCAAAAGGGCUGUAUGUUGCCUCUCCCUCAGGAAAACCAGCGCUUAGCAAAGUUGAAGUCCUAGAGAGAGACAGAAACAAAAAUUGCACGUUGGUCCAGGUUGAGAUUCAGUCAGGAAGACCUCACCAAAUUCGCAUCCAUCUUGCUUUCAUUGGACACCCUCUACUAGGUGAUCCUCUUUAUGUUGUUGGUGGUGGACCUCAGUGCUCUGAUUCUGAAUAUGUGGAUGACAGUUUCGCACUAGAUGGAGGGUUUCUGAGACCUACAAAACCUGUUCCUGGGGACUGUGGCUAUAGCUUACACGCUCAUCAAGUUACAUUAUCUCAUAUAACAACCAAUGAGCUAAUUAUAAUCUCAGCGCCUCUUCCACCCAACCUUCGGACACGGAAAGAAGUGCAAGAGAUAGGCAUGAGAUAGCAGAUGGAAGACUAUCAAGAAGGUUCCAUAUUUGUCAUGAAAAGAGAUCGUCUGUUAAUGGAAAUGCCAAGACUUUCUGUUUAUUGCUCCUUUUGCCCCUCGGGCCUUUAAAGUAUAGCAACCAUACAAACGCAAUUUGAAACGAUUAGUGUAUUUCGUAAGAUAAAUUUGACUUGCAAUUAGGGAGUUUUAAGAAAGAACAAAACAAAAAAAAGAAUCAUACCACUAUUAAAUCUUUUGGCUAUUUUAUAAUCGAAUUAAAAUAAAGUUUUUCGUUUUAGCUC